AUGGACGUUCUCAAGACGUGUCGCUAUAAUGACUCCUCCUACAUAGGUAGUGGGGGACUUGGCGAUGUAUAUCGGGCAACAAGCGCCAGUUCUGGUGUGAAGGUCGCGGUACGGAGGGUGGAUAUAUCCAAGCUAUCCAAAGAAGCCUGGGCAGAGCUUUCCACCAUUUGUAAGCCCUACACCAAUCUUAUUCAUCCGAACCUAGUAAGAUACUAUAGCGUAACCAUAGAGCAGCCCUUCCAACAACUUCUUUUGGAAAUGGAACUAUGUAACGGUGGCUCUCUUCAGGAUGUAAUCAAAAAGAUGCGGUCCGAUGGGACGUCGUUUGAUGAGGAAACUGUUUGGAGCAUAGCCUCACAGAUUGCCGCCGGGCUUUCAUGGCUCCACAGCCCAUUCAAUGGGGUGGGGGUUGUACCUCACUGUAAUAUAAAGCCCUCUAACAUUCUUAUAGGCAGUCAAGGCGUCUUUAAGUUGACUGAUUUCGGUUUACAGCACGUGCCAUUUAGCAGAACCAUCCCCACAAGCCAAUCAGGAUCGGCGCUGUAUCGUGCACCGGAACUGCGGGACGGAGCCAGCGCACCGUCGAUACGAUCAGAUAUAUGGUCGUUUGGUUUGCUUCUUUGGACAAUGUGUACACUCCGCCACCCUCUAUUUAAUCUGGAUGAAGUGACAGAGGAGCCUUCUAUUCGUCUCCCAACAUAUUCCCAAGUACUCAAUGAUUUAAUCGAGGGUUGCCUUCGUAUCAACCCUACUAGUAGACUUACAAUUACCGAAGUGGUUUCGCGCAUACGCGCUAACGUGCCAACUUCACACUCUAGAUCCAGCUCUACUGCACGGGCUGAUACACGGACUGCCUUUCAAUAUAAAAACACCAACAAUCUACAACCUGAAAUCACAAAUGAAAUAGUGUCUAACGCUACCUACCUAAUGAGUAGUAGGCCACGCUCCGCAACUAUGGCCAAGAAGAGCCGCGUUUUUGCUGAUGAUCCGACUGACCAAUCCAUCUCUACCCCUGUUACUGGCCCAGAGCAGAAGCUAACUUCCAUUCGGCCCAUGAGUGGUCGCGCCUCCACAUUUUCCAGAAGCAACACAGAUUUAUCUGUCUCACAGCAGGUCGAAUGCUCGGCUCUGUUAAAACAGGACCAGCUCCCAGUAGCUACACCCAACGGGCCAGCUUCUCUCAACAUCAUGAGCCGCUCUCAGGCCCCUCGAGGCAAUCAUGAUAAGUCGGGCAUGCAAGCCAUGGUAUCCUCUACUGCUGAGGCUAGUGAGACAGUGAUUCAGUCUCGGAAUAAAAACCUGGCUGAAUCCUUGCGCUUUCAAGGCGCAUUUCCUGUUGCUCGAGAGCGACCGCUUCAACCAGGUGUUGGCAGACCCGUACCUACUGUUUAUAGUACUACGCCAUCUCCCUCUUGUCCUGUGUCUGAGCCAAUUGAAGAUGGACUCCGAGGCGAAGAAGACGCUCUCUACACGAGUGGAGCUGCCAUUCCUCCUGCUGCUUCAAACGAGCCGCGUGCUGAAGUUAACGACCUGCCCCACACUUUACCUGAGCAGGACGUUCCACUGAGUCCUAUUGUAGAUAGCCUACUUAUGGCCGCACAAAAUUCGCGCUCUGCGUCUCGCGCAGAUAGUCGCAGUGUAAAACGUGUGCCCAAGCAUAUGUCGACUACGGAGUCGUCUAUAGUUCAGCAGCCAUCUCUGAAAGAAUCUUUGUCCGCACCUCAAGUUUCGGGGGCCUCCGAUGACGAACUAUCCCGGGCAAUUCUCUCAAAUGACUGCAACUACUUUUCGAUCGUUUUGCAAAAGCUCUAUGGUGACCUUUUAUCCCAGGAACUUCUUGAGUCUUGUUUCAAGCAAGCUAUAGCUUUCUCUGCUCACUUGGUGCUUCCAAUUCUAGCAGAGAAUCUCUUAGCAGCUGGAAUAAAGAUCAAGACCGGCUUUGGACUAGAAUCGCGACAGGGCGUGGAUGUAGAUUUUCCCAGCGAGCUGAUGAUUGCCGCGCAAAAAGGUGACGCGGGAUUGGUUCGUGCCAGCCUUCGUGACAUGGGGCAAAUCUACAAAAAUCGGACAGCUCUAAUGCUCGCUGCAGAACAUGGCUCUGUUGAGUGCAUCAAGCUAUUGCUGGGAGAGUUGGCGAUACAAAAUUCAAUGGGGGAGACGGCUCUUGUUCUCGCAGCUAAGAAGGGGUACGUUGAUUGCAUCUCUCUCUUGCACGCAGAAGGAAAUCUAACCUACUCGGAGUAUGAUAAGUUUUCUGACGGCGCACUCGUCUCUGGAUUGACGCCCCUUAUGGCAUCUAUUCGAAGCGGCCAGAGACACUGCAUUCAUGAAUUCCAAUAUCUUCUUAAGCGACAAGCAAGCAAUGGAGCAACAAGUCUGAUGUAUGCUGUACUGGGCGAGCUGGAUGCCUGCAUACCAUAUUUGGUGGAUGAGUGUCGGAUCACCGAUAACCUUGGCGAGUCAGCACUCAUGAAAGCAGUCGAUGGCCCAAGCAUGCAGGUUGUCGAGUUCCUAAGCAAGUACGAAGGAGGAAUCCAGGACAUAGAAGGGAGAACGGCGCUUCUACGUGCUAUUCAGAACAAGAAUGUAACAUAUGUCAAGGCCAUGCUUCGCAUUCAGAAGCAGUCGUCGGAGCGUGACAUAGGGCUGGUUGCAAACGAUGGGACCACGCUUUUCACUGCAGCAAUCAAAAGUGGUUCAGAAAACCUUAUUUAUCUACUCAAUGCCGAGGACAUGUCUGCGUCAAAAUAUCUCCGUUCAGGUGCGCGUUCUGCAAACAUACAGAAUGUUCAGCAGUCAGGGUCGGUUAUUAAACUAGAAAACCCCAGCGAAGACACAGCUCAGCAAGGAUCUGUUCAACACACGCCUCAGCAGACACACCAAACGUUGGCUGAGAGGCUACAAGCGGUCAACAAUUCACUUGCAUCAGCCCAGCCUUCCUUAUCCAAAGAACUACUCGAUAAGCAUCAGCACGACACUCUUUUUGCACUGCUCUCCGGCGAUGUUUCUGUUGAUGAACUCGACUUCAGCUGCUUCCGCUCCCUUGCAGGUAAAACAGAUAGAGAUGGCUACACCGCUCUAAUGAUAGCUGCCAUCAAUGGCAAUCAGGCCUUUGUAGAGAAAAUUGUGAGCACACCAAGCAUGCACGAGGAACUAGGGAAAGUUGAUCGUGAAGGGCGUAGCGCACUAAUACUUUCAAUACUACACCAGCGGGUGGCCUGCGCGAAGAUACUCGUGACAGUGCCAGGAGAACUCGGUUGUAGCAUGCCCGACGGAGUCACCCCCUUGAUUCUAGCGAUUCAGAAGCGAUUUUAUAGCAUUGUCCCUUCUCUCCUAGAAGUCUCAGGGCAGCGCACCAAGGAAGGAAAGAGCGCACUUAUGAUAGCGAUGGAACUAAAUGCGCCCCUGCGUUCAUUGGGGAGCCUCCCAGAAAGAGAAGCAACCCUGUGCAAUGCCUUAGGGGAAAAUGCACUCUUUUACACUAUCAGAAACAACAAGCAUCUCUAUCUAGCCCGGCUUGCCGAGGUUGCCAAUAAUCGCCCAAAUGACGCUGGGCUUUAUGCGAUCAACAUUGCUGUAGAACAAGAUUGCUGGCAAUGUUUCAAAACCAUGUAUGAAUAUGAGGCCCGCGCUGUCAUUGGAACGCGAGAGGCCAUCGGAGCGCCGUUCAAGACGUUGAUCUUAUCCAUACUGCGGAACAAUAGCAUCCGUAUACUUGAAAAUAUGAGUGCCCUUCUCCGUACUAAGCCUUUCAGGGUCCAACUUCCAUCUACACAAGUCUCCGUGCUCGACAGUCUAUCCCCCACUAUGCUGGCAGCCAGAGAAGGAAACGAGGCAGAACUUUGCGCGCUGAUCUGUAAUCAGCGUUCAGGCUCUAAAGCAAAUGCCCAUAUUGUCCAAGUGUACAACGGUAGGACCGCCCUGAUGGAGGCCGCAGCACGGGGCUACGCUUCUUGUGUAAGGCUACUUCUAGGUGAGGUGGGGUUUCGAGAUGAAAAUGGCCGCACUGCGCUGAUGCUUGCAGCACAGAAUGGGCACCUUGAAUGCGUCCAUCUGCUACUCAUAGAAGCAGGCGUUAAGACGAUAACCCGCGAAACGGCUCUAACUCUUGCAGUGGCCAACGAUAUGACAGAGUGUGCAGAUGUCCUUCUAUGUAGAGAGUAUUGGCUAUCUGGAACCUCCUCUAUGCUGCCGUUCAGUUUGGGGAUACAGCACUCAAAGGCGUGUGCAGAAGUUGUCUCGAUUAAGCGGGUUGUGAGUCUGUAUAGGACAUACUACAAGGAUUAUGAGGCGCAGAUCGGCCGAUGCCACAUAUGCCUCGAUGAACUGUGUACUGUCCGGUGUCUUCCAUGCAGUCAUGAUGUUGCAUGCCCGUCCUGCGUGCGAGAUAUUCUGGAGGCAACGCGUGCAGGAAACACUAAACGCAAUCGCUGCCCAAUCUGUAGAGCAGAGAUUGAAAACUGGACACAAGUAUUUGUUGAAAGCAGUCUUUAG